GGUCUUGCUGCUGACUCUGCGAAGACUCGGAGAAAAGCGAAAGUAGGCGUUGGGCGGUAUAGAGGCAGGGGUGUGGGCGGGCACGCAAACACGCAGCCCAGAGCGCGCUUUCUUUGCCUACGGUGAUGGAGGAAAAACGAGAUGUGUUUCAGGAGAUCUUGGACAUCCAUUCGGAACGACGCCAGUGGCGAUGAAACAAGGUGCUCCAUGUGUGUUCCUGGGGUGAGAAAAUCCCGACGCAAACAGAUUAGCCUUUGUGGUUCGUAAGGAGGACACAAAAGUAACCAUUCGAUUUGGUGGUUGAGUGGGGUACUUGUCAAUUCAAGACACUCUGGGCAUUUGUUGGGUGGGAGUUUUGCCCACAACUUCAAGCUAAACGAAGUGGAUCCCUGAUCCUGUGUAAUCCAAGUAUUCCGGACCAAGCUGUAACACUAUUAAAGAAGGAUUAGUAUGUCACGACGAGGACCAAGAAACGAGCGCAAAGAUUACUGUGUCCACACAAUCCAAUUCAAAUCUUUGAUUAUCCUCGGAACAAUGGAGAAAGUGCCAGUGUAGAUACGUAGAUUGGAAGUGAGGACCAUGUACGAGUACGUCAUUCUGGUGACGGCCUUGGCUGGGAUCGUGAUCAAUGUGGGGGCUUUCGUGCUGAUCUCGAAGAAACGUUCUCGGUCCAUGUUCCAUCACCUUCUUAAGAUCCUCAUGGUGUAUGAUUGCGUGGUAGUGAUCUGCUGCAUGUUGAAAUUCGCCCUGCCGUUCAUCUGGAAAACGUGGUACCGUGAUGUGAGGCGCUAUAUCCUCCCUUGGUUGCUCCCCGGGAUGCACAUUGCCGUGAUGUCCUCUGUUUACAGCACCGUCCUUAUAAGUUUCGAGCGGUUUAUUCGAAUCUGCUAUUACUGUCAACUCCAGUUCACCACCAUUCUCACCGAGGAAAACAUCAAGUACUACAAAACCUUUGUAGUGAUAUUCCCUGUAGUCUUCUACAUCCCCAAGUUCUUCGAGAUCCGUACUCAUCCCCAGACCAUUCCGGCUCAAGUCAUCGACUGUGGGCAAUACAUGACCUUGGCGGGUCAGUUUCAAAACCCACUCAUGAAAGACUUCAUGUUGGACCAGUUCGAGCCGGAUCAGAUUUCCAAGAUCCAAGAACUCGCCCAAGACUGCGUUUUGCUCAAUUAUGGUCCGCAAAAUUCGACUUUGAUCUCCUCGUUAUCCCCAACGACCACCGAAAGUCGCCUCUCCCGAUGGGGAGUGCUCGAGAAUUUCGUUCAAAAUAACCGUGACAUCCAAUCUCUCCUUGGCCAGGAAUUAUCUCAGCUUAGAGGAAAGCGUCAUGCGUCCCAGAAGAGUGAGACUGCGCCAAGGACCCUCCAACAAUCGAUUAACGAUGAGGAAGCGUCUCUGUCCCAGUCAAAGCAAGCAUUUGAUGAGCCAGAAAAUCGAACCCGACUCACUCUCCAGGAGAAAAAAGCCGUGGUCCGAUAUCUGAUGCUUCAACGACAAAAAGCCAAAGCGAUACAAAACGUCACGGUGCCCGAGAGGACCAAAUAUAGCAUUGAGCCCACGUCGCUCCGGAUGAAUAAGUACUACUACCGGAUUUAUUAUGUGUUUCUAAACACCUUAUUCGCAUCAGUCCUUCCCUUUGUUCUGUUGGUCUACUUGAAUAUUCGAACCGCACUGGCCCUCUUCAAGAUGGGCGAAGGCUUGGAGAGUUCACCCGUACUCGGACAACCCCUCUUUACGGUCAAAAUGGAUGAUGGAGACGAUGGCUCCGGUGCCCACAUGAACAACACCUGUGUCACUAUUCUCAACCACGAUGGCGGGAGAUCCCCGCAAGAUUGCUACGGAACAGACCUCUUUACCCCCAAUGAUUCGGAGCGGCGCCCAUCGAGGAACAAAGGUGACCAAGAAACCGGGGUGACUGUGGACGAAGAGCAACAGCCUUUGGUCAAUUACUCUGCGGAAAGGCGCAAACGUUCGUCUGCUCAACCUCCAGCUACACGUCCAAUUACGAAUGGCCAACAUUCGACCCUUUUGGAUUCAAUCACAACCGUUGGCCAAAAUGGCUGUUCUCCCUCGUCCCCAAGCUCUCCUAACCGGCAAAAAGAUGGGAAGCCUGUGGUGUCCCGGGCUCAGUCCAAGCGCCAAAAGAGCUUUCGCAACUCAAUUUCCGAAGUUUUGGCUCGUCAUAGCAGUGUUUUGAGGGCACGAAGAGACACCAACCUGUCAUCUCAUGAACCCGCGAUCAACAAGAACCGCGAGAAGCGAAUGGGCUACAUAUCGUUGUGGAUUGUGUGGUUGUUCCUUUUCUGUCAUAUUUGGAAGCUAGUACCUACCGCUUAUGAGGUCAUCAUGAGCAAAGAUGAUAUUGGUUUAGAGAUAGCUGAUUGGCCGCAUUGGGUGGAAAUCAUCGAAAAACUUUCCCACACGCUUAUCACGUUGAACUCAUCGGUGAAUUUCUUGAUCUAUCUCGUCCUUUAAUGUGUUAAGUAUUGCGGUCACACUGAUACCUAUCCCUCUCAAAUCGUAGAGGACUCACAAACUCGUUGUCCAAAGCUAAUCGUAAAAUCAUUUCCGUGCAUGGAGUGCUUUCUCCAUGCUCCGUGUCAAUUGUCAUCCAAUCCUAUUCGUCAGUACACUCUAUGUUAUGAUAUGAACCGCUAUGCUUUAAAGAACUUGAAGAACAUAUUGUAUUGUUGAA